UCUCGAGCAAUUCGACUAUCCGACGAUCGACGAUCAAACUCACGAAAUGGCAAGUAAAGAAAUAGAAUUACUUGAGAAUGUUGAACUUCGAUUUGCCCUUGCCGAGACCGACGUUCAACUAGAGAAAACACUAAAUAUCUUUUUGAGUCCUGUCCUAUUGAAGUUAGCAAGCCCCCAUGAGGAAGUACGGAAAAAGGUUAUUGAUGUGCUAACACACAUUAAUAAACGAGUCCGACCAAAAAAUGAUAUCAAAUUGCCAUUGAUUCCACUGAUCGAUCUUGUUUGUACCGAAAAAGCUACAAAGUCUGCGUUUGUUAAGAAUUUUGCUAUCAUGUAUCUCGAGAUGGCCUACAAUCGACUGACGGAGGAGGAUAAAAUUACCCACUUGCCAUCCUUAAUUGAAAAUAUUUCAUCAAGGCCUCCUACGCAGAAACAAACAUUGGUACACAUAAUUCUUAUGUCCUUGCAAAAAUUUAAACCGAAAUUAGCAGAUUCUCCAUCAUCGCUAGAUCCUUAUAAUUUUAAAGUACGAUCUGAGGAUGGGAAAAUAUUGUUGGGUUCGUUUUUGGAUGUAAUGCUGUAUAAUCCACUAGCAUCGCAAACGCCUUUUGGUUUAAGUCAUAAAUUAGUAAAAUUUGUGACUAAUGAUGGCAAAGCUACAUGGGCUACAAAGUCUGCAGAUAUCAAAUUUAUCAAGAUGGGGAUUCUUCGAUUUAUAAAUUCUCCGGUGAUAUUUCCCGAUUCAUUGUCGGACGAUAUUCAUUUAGCCAGGUUCUUAAUAUUUUUAGUAGCCACCUGUGAUUCUUCUCACGAGGUAGUGGAUGGUGGCGAAGAUGGUCUUAAAAAAAUGAAAAAGCCAGACUUGGAAUCGAGAACAGUGGUGAAUAAAUUGUAUUCAUUAUAUCAAGGCAGUGGCUCAGGAUCAGAUCAGUCAGAUAAAAUUUUUCCAGCAUCCACGGCUCUUAAACUUAAAAUUAUGAAUUACCUUUGCAAAUCAGAGUUAGCAACAAACACUUUUCCGUCGAUGUUACAAGUCUCAUUUGAUUGUUUUUAUGCCACCCCUCCAAAUACAAAAUUACAGAAACAAGGAAUGAGUUUUGUUCAAUGGGCUGCUAGAAUGGCUAGUAUUUCAAAGUUAAAACCAAUUGCACCGGUGCUUUUGUCUGGUUUAUUGAAGUUCAUUAAUAAAGAUGAGGAAGUUUUAUAUGGCGACCACGAGACACUUCUUAGUUUUUCAUACAUAUCUAUCAGCUUACUGGCAAAACGCGUCCCCGAACUUUUCCGUACCGAUCUCUCUAUUCUUACAAAGUUCUUUACGGAUUUAUAUUCAAUAAACAAUAAUAAUAUAAGAAGUUCUAUCCAAGAGGCUUUAUCAAACAUGAUAGAAGCAUACCAAAUCCUUGAUGAGUGGGCAAGUGCGGAUGAUAUUAAAACCAUCGAAAAUAUUUUGGAAGAAAGCGUUAGCAAGUCGGUCCAUCAAUCUCGCUACUGCGCUGUAAAGUAUGCUGUUCGUCUUUUCCCAUUUUCUCACACUUUAUCACGAUAUAUUUGUCUACUUGCCUCAGCUGAUGAAAAGCUUGAAGUUUGUGAGAUGGCUUCUCGUGGGUUAUCAUUUCCAAAUUCACAAACUCCUAAAUUAUAUCUCGAGAAGCAAGGGGAAGUCGAAUUUCCCAAUUUCUCCAACAUGGUAAAUCUCAUACACGAAAAGUCCUUUAAGCGGGCAGACGAUAUGAGUCAUCAAAUCUAUAUCCAAGGAUAUCGAUCAGAAGUAUAUAUCAACAUCCUACGAUUCCUUAGGCAUCUAAUGAUAGUGAGUGCCGAUCCAACGGUGCCAGUUGACGAAUUAGGCUACGCGUUAGAAAGUGAAAGCAAGAUUUUUGAUUCGAAUAGCAGAAUAUUAGUAAAAAAUUGGAUAAAGGAACAAUGGGAGCUUGAUCAGAGAGAGUCGACCGAGGAAAUGGACAUAGAUGGGAGCAACGGAACAUUGCAUAUUUAUCUUGGAUUAUUAGAGCAAGGGCUAUCUCAAGGAAAAUUUGUCGACAAAACAUUGCAGUCCACUGCAUCUUCUUCUCUGUUGGAAAUUAUUUCCCUCGGUCCUUCAUCAUUGGCACGGUCAUACGAGAACAGGCUAAGCUGGCUCAAGUCUUUUAUGAGUGUGCAAAAAUUAGAAGUACGUAAUUCUAUGGCGCAUAUAUUAGGAAUCGUGAGCACAAGUGAAUUGAAGGAUGAUCCAAAGAGAUGUGCACUUGUUCAAGAAUUAAUCCAAGAGUUCAUCUCCAUUGGAAAAGAUCAAUCCAAGCGGACAUCCGUUGAUCAUCACGGAAGUAUUCUAGCACUAGGAUACAUCAUUGGUCGACUGAUUUAUCGAUAUCCUUCGAUCUAUGAUUCCCUUGUACCAGCCAGUAUUUUAGCAGAAGCCAUAAAGUUGAUUGCUGGAGAACUAGAUUCCUCAGAUACAUUGAGUACAAAUGGAGCCUCUAAAGCUUUAGGUGAAAUCGGACGAUACACCUCAAACUUUGCUAUUUUGCAAUCUUCUGAUUCUGAAGAGGGUGCAUCCGACGGUGAUAAGAAUAGCGACACGUUUUCUGCAAUUGUCGACAAAUUGAUUGGUUUGGUGAAGCAGACUAAAGAUACUCAGGAAACGAUUAUUCAGGCUUUGGGUCAUAUAGCUAUGG